AUGCGCGGCAAGUUUGUUGUGUUGUGUUUGGGCGUGAGGCUGAGGUUGAUCCUGAUACAGGUGAGGGUGGCAUACUUCCGGCCCUUCGCUGCUGGCAGAGGCGGAGCGUGUCGUGGAACCUUAUCUCUAUACUGUAUGGGCGAUUUCUCGAUAGUGGAUGGGCAGAGUGGUAGCGCGCUUGUGGCUUGA